UUCAUAGUCUUUAGGCUGUCAUAUCAUUAUGUAUAUUUUUAAGGUUAUAAAAUAAUAUACACAUAUAAAAAAAAAUCAACGUAAUUCCCAUAUUUUACAAUUUAGUGUAAAUUGUUAUAAUAAUUUUUAAGUAUUACUUAAAGUAACAGUCUUACUUAAAGAUUAAAAUAAUAUAUUAAAAAUAAUUCACGACAUACGAACGAAAAGGUUCUGAUGAGAAGAUUGCUCUAUAAAGCAUGUAAUACAUACCAAAAGUUUGUACACAGAGCCUUUAGUAAAAAAUAUUUAUUUUACACCAAUGUCUUGCUAUCAAUAGGCUUAGCAUAAAAUGCAAGCGAUUGGUAUAACUUGGAGACGAUUAGCCGACAACAUCCGCUCAUCCAAUACAGCAACUAGUUUCCGAAGAUUAGUGAAAGUGGCGUUUAGUGAUAAAUAUUUAUUGUAUACAAAUGUUACGAUAUCUGUGAGUCUAUCAUCUGUUGGUGAUUUGAUGGAACAAACAUAUGAAAUUUAUACCGGAGAUCAGGAUAACUAUGAUUUCAAAAGGACGAGACACAUGGGCUUUUCUGGUGCUGCACUUGGUGUGCUAUGUCACCACUGGUACAAAGUGUUAGAUAAGGUUAUUAUUGGUAAAACAUUCAACAUGGUUACUAAGAAAUUGCUUCUAGAUCAAUUUAUAUUUUCACCCAUAAUGAUAGUAACAUUGUUCGGUAGUUUAGCAUUAUUCGAAAAAGAUCCUGUAGCUAAUUUUAAAGAGGAAGUUAGAGACAAGUUUACAACUUUGUACCAAGCGGAGUGGAUGGUGUGGCCGCCGGCACAGAUUAUAAAUUUUUAUUUCCUACCAACUAGAUUUAGAGUUUUAUAUGACAACACUAUAUCCUUAGGAUAUGACGUAUAUACCUCACAGGUUAAGCACAAUAAGUCACUUAAAAAGUAAUACUACCAUUUUUUUUUUUGUUAUAAUUUAACUGGUCUUUUAAAUAGAUUAUAACAUAAUAUGUAUGUACAAACUUUACAACACAUCCAGACGGUUCUGUAAUAUUAUUGUAAUAUUUGUAUACAAAUGUAUAUUAUAAGAAUACAAUGUUUCUGCAGAUACUUGUAGCUCGGCUGUGAUAACUGUAAAAUAAUGUCAAUUAAAUUUGUUACCUAUUAUUUUGUUAUUAUAUUAUAUACAAGUUCAUAUUUA